AAGCCGCUCUUGCCGGCGCGGCGACUCGCUGGCGUCAGCAGGCCGCGGAGGCGGAAGAUGGCGGCGGCGGCGGCGGCCGGGCGUCGGUGAGCAGCGCGGCCGCGGUGAGGACGGCCGAUGGCGGCCGGGAGACGCCCUCGGGGACCCGCGGGCCGUUAGGGCGCGACGCUGGGCGGCAUGUCGGAGCACGCGGCGCCCGGGGCCCCGGGGCCCGGGCCCAACGGCGGCGGCGGCCCGGUCCCCGCGCGCGGGCCUCGCACCCCCAACCUCAACCCCAACCCUCUCAUCAACGUGCGCGACCGGCUUUUCCACGCGCUCUUCUUCAAGAUGGCUGUCACCUACUCGCGGCUCUUCCCGCCCGCCUUCCGACGACUCUUCGAGUUCUUCGUGCUGCUCAAGGCCCUGUUUGUGCUCUUUGUCCUGGCCUACAUCCACAUCGUCUUCUCCCGCUCGCCCAUCAACUGCCUGGAGCACGUGCGGGACAAGUGGCCUCGGGAGGGCAUCUUGCGCGUGGAGGUCCAGCACAACUCGAGCCGCGCACCCGUCUUCCUGCAGUUUUGUGAUGGUGGCCGCCGCGGCAGCUUCCCUGGCCUGGCCGUGGAGCCGGGCAGCUUGGAGCUGGAGGAGGAGGAGGAGGAGCUGGCCGUGGAGAUGUUUGGGAACACCUCCGUCAAGUUCGAGUUGGACAUUGAGCCCAAAGUGUUGAAGCCACCGGGUGGUGCCGAGGCCCUGAAUGACAGCCAGGAGUCCCCCUUCCCAGAGACGCCCUCUAAAGCAUGGCCACAGGAUGAAUAUGUCGUGGAGUACUCGCUGGAGUACGGCUUCCUCCGGCUGUCCCAGGCCACACGACAGCGACUCAGCAUCCCUGUCAUGGUGGUCACUCUGGACCCCUCGCGAGACCAGUGCUUCGGGGACCGCUUCAGCCGCCUGCUGUUGGCCGAGUUCCUGGGCUACGACGACAUCCUCAUGUCCAGCGUCAAAGGCCUGGCCGAGAACGAGGAGAACAAGGGCUUCCUGCGGAACGUGGUGUCCGGUGAGCACUACCGUUUCGUGAGCAUGUGGAUGGCUCGCACGUCCUACCUGGCCGCCUUCGUCAUCAUGGUCAUCUUCACCCUCAGCGUCUCCAUGCUGCUCCGAUACUCCCACCACCAGAUUUUUGUCUUCAUUGUGGACCUGCUGCAGAUGCUGGAGAUGAAUAUGGCCAUCGCCUUCCCCGCCGCGCCCCUGCUGACCGUCAUCCUGGCCCUCGUAGGGAUGGAAGCCAUCAUGUCCGAGUUCUUCAACGACACCACCACGGCCUUCUACAUCAUCCUCAUCGUCUGGCUGGCCGACCAGUACGACGCCAUCUGCUGCCACACCAACACCAGCAAGAGACACUGGCUGCGGUUCUUCUACCUGUACCACUUCGCCUUCUACGCCUACCACUACCGCUUCAACGGCCAGUACAGCAGCCUGGCCCUGGUCACGUCCUGGCUCUUCAUCCAGCAUUCCAUGAUCUACUUCUUCCACCACUACGAGCUGCCCGCCAUCCUGCAGCAGAUUCGCAUCCAGGAAAUGCUGCUGCAGACCCCGCCCCUGGGCCCCGGCGCCCCCACGGCCCUUCCGGACGACCUCAACAACAACGGAGGUGCCCCGGCCACCGCGCCUGACCCUGCCGGCCCGGCCCCUGCCCUGGGCCCUGGCUUGCCGGGUGCCAGUGGGGGUCCCGGGCCCGUGCCUGAGGCGCCCAGCUCCCUGGUGGCCGCGGCGGCCUCGGUGGCGGCGGUGGCCAGCGGUGACCUGGGCUGGAUGGCAGAGACGGCCGCCAUGAUCACAGACGCCUCCUUCUUGUCUGGCCUGAGUGCCUCCCUCCUGGAGCGACGGCCCGCUGGCCCACUGAGCCCUGGUGGAGGGCCCCCCCGAGUCCCCCAGGACAGUGCCCCCUCCAGCAACUCCCUGGCGCGUGACGCGGCGCCCCCGGCCGUCGGGGUGAGUGGGCCCAGCCCUGCACCCACAGCCCCAGUGGACCCGCCCCCGGAGGUCGGCUCCUGAGCCUUGGGCAGCUGACCGCACCCCCCCCCCCUCCCGUCCCUGGCCAUGCAGGCCCACUGGGCAUGACCUGGCCGGAGCCCUCGGGUGUCGGGGAGGAUGUCCCGGUGGUUCUUGGGACUGCCCAGCCUGCCUCGGGGUGGUGUCAGGGUCCAUUGGGUUCGCCCAGAGGUGGCCGUCUCUUCCCCAGGGUGGGGCCUGCCGGAGGCCUGUCCCUGCUACGUUAGUGGUGGGCCCCCUCAGCCGGCAGAUGGAGGCAGGCCGAUGAGAGUGGGGUGGGGGCUCCGUGGGAGGUUCUGGAAGGGGCUGGUGAAACGUGUGGAGUGAGCUGUCCCUCAGUAGCAGAGCUGGGCAAGUCUCCGAUCAGGUGAAUGCCGGCGGGGGCCACCCUCGCUGUCCCGGCCCGCUUGGCUGGUGCUGCAUCAUGCUCAGUGCCUUCUCCACGGCACCUGACCCCGGGUGUGCGUACCAGGGCUGGGGUCCCAGGAGGGCAGAGUUGGCACCUUGGGGUUGGGGACGCAGACACAGGCGCCCACCUGGAAGGCAGCGGCCGGGCACAGGCGUCCAGCCCUGCUUGGGUGGGAGUGGGACAGGGCUGGUGGCCAAACUGAGUCCCUCGGUGAGGAAUGCACAAAGGCGCUCAUUCCAUCCUAUUUAAUUGCAGUGUACAAAAUCGUGUUUGUAUAUAGAAUAAACUGUUGACGGCGGC